CACUGCAUCAAGAUAACCCUCACACAUCACUCAAAAUGCUGUCUCUCCGCAACAUUGCCCGCUCCGCGCCUCGUGCCGCCCGGUUCGCAAAGACUGUCCGUCCGCAGCCAUCGCUGUUUCGUCAAACGGCAGCUUUCCAGCCUGCAUGGUCCCAGGCCGCCCCCAGGCUCACGGCUUCAUUCCACAUCUCUGCUAUCAGGAGGCAAGAAAGCAGCGCAAAUGAAGAGCUUGUCGCAAAGCUCCAGAGCGAGAUUUCCAUGGAGGAGGACAUGAGGGAAGACGACGACCUCUCUGCCAACAUCAAGGAGUACCUUGAGAACAGCCCCUUCGAGAUCGAGGACAAGGUCGGCAGCCAGGAUGUCAUCCUGACCCGCACCUUCGGUGACGAGAACAUUCGCAUUACCUUCACUACUGCCGACCUCAACAACAAUGUCAAUCCCGAGGAUGCUCUCGAGGACCAGGCUAUGUACGACGAUGCCGACAUGGACGUCCAGUCUGGCGGUGCCAACACCAAGGGUGCUGUCAGCCAGGGCAACACCAAGGAUGGCAACAUUCGCGUCGCCCCCGAGGACGGCGUCACACCCGCAGACCGCGAGGAGCUCGAGGAGGAUUACGAGGAGGGCGAAGGUGAGCAGGGCUUCCCUGCUCAUGCCAACAUCCGCAUCGAGCGCCCCGGCAAGGGCGCCCUUGCCAUUGAGGCUACCGCUCAGGAUGGCGACUUCCUGAUUGAAGAUCUCUACUACUUCCCUGAUGCCGAACUCGCCGACCCUCAGACCGCCGAAAAAGACUGGGCAAGGAGGUCACUCUACACCGGUCCCCCCUUCAACAACCUCGAUGAGGACCUCCAGAUCCUCUUGGAGAAGUACCUUGAGGAGCGUGGCAUCAACACCCGCCUAGCUCUUUUCAUUCCCGACUACAUUGACCACAAGGAGCAGAAGGAGUACAUCAGGUGGUUGAAUAACGUCAAGAACUUCGUCGCAUAAUUAUCCUGAUGCGACUCUGUAUUAUUUGUAAUCUCAGCUUUUGGAUGGAAAGAGGCAUCUCUGGCUAUGUAAAAUAAGUAGGCUCUCUACCUGCAUGUGUGACUGAUACGACUGGAGAACUCAAUACCAUCACGGCGUUCGAAGCGUCACUCUUCUUCUCUUCAACUGCUGUUCACCU